CUUUGCCGCUGAAACUGUUAUUUCAGAUGACACUCCAAUGACUGGAAAAGCAGCAGCACUCUUCCUUCAGAAUCCUGUGCUUCAAGACCUGCUGCAUGGUAACACAGACAGAGGGACAUAGACACCCAGGAGCUGAUCAAACAAGGCAGGUGUUUGCUUCAUUUUCCCUGUCUUUGAUACUUUCUAACAGAGGGCAAAAAGUCACAAAAACACAUUUUCUUUUCUAGGGACCCUGGCAAUUUGUAUAUAGGCAAUGUUACAGGAAGCUGAUUUUUUGUUUUCUAUGGGAAGAAUACCAGCGAAUACGUAAGCACCAUCUUACUUGUUUCCCUACACUGCCAAUGGAACUAUAUGCAGUGCCGUUUCCUCCACAUUGUAAGCUGUCUAGGACAGUGGGGGACAGCUGAUCUCCUGGAGCUGAACUCAUUCCUCUAAAAUGGUCUUAACUUACCUACCUAUGUUGAAUUGUGCUGUUAAGGCUCCUCUUUGUGGUGUGUGGUUGAUGUGGUGGAGAAAGAAUAGUUUCCAAGUCAAAGAGGACAAGCAGGUCAGUCUGAGAAAAGGAGUGACUGCUUUACUUCCCAAGCUGUGUUUGGGCAGAGUGCAAAAAUGAAGCGCUCCAGGUGUGACCUUCCAAAAGAUGGUGCAAGAUUUCCUCUAGCAGCAAGCUCCGUAGGGGUGCGUCCUUCCCUGUGUGCAUGAGUCAGCAUGUAAGUGGUUAAAUUGGUGAGCCUUGGCUUUGCUGGCUAAAGCAUCCAGCCUCUAAGAGUUAACCUGCAGCACUGUUCGGAAGAGCAGGGGCAGAGGAUACACAGGCAUCCUGGCGCUCUGACUUGCAGGGGAAUGACACGCGGUUUUGAGCAAGCAGCAGCCGCAGCAGCUCUGGCAGAUUUCAGGAAGCACUGUGAGAAGUCUGAAUCCUGGUACCAUACAAGCAGAACGGGAGCAAGAUUUUGAAUGUUCACCUGCUAUCUUGGGAUGUGGCAGCUCUUUUGAGUGGUGGACUCAGGAAAAAUGGCCAAACGAAGCUUCUCCAUGUUGGAGGCAUUCCUCAUUUUCCUCCUUGUAAUGAUGACUGCCAUUACUGUGGCCCUUCUCAGCCUCCUGUUUAUCACCAGUGGCACCAUUGAAAACAACAAAGACUCAGGAAACAUGGAUUUUUCAACCACCCAGAGACCUCCCGGCACACAGGGCCCUGCAGCCACACAGUCUGCUUCUGUGACCUGCACCUCAGAGCCACCUCUGCUUCAGAACUUCAGUGGCUAUCUUGUCGGGGCGGGGCGUGCUGACUGCACAGGACAAGUGUCAGAUAUCAAUUUGAUGGGCUACAGCAAAAGCGGCCAGAAUGCACAGGGCAUACUCACGAGGCUAUACAGUCGGGCUUUCAUCGUGGCAGAAUCUGAUGGGUCAAAUCGAGUCGUGUUUGUCAGCAUUGAGAUAGGCAUGGUAUCCCAACGACUCAGGCUGGAGGUCCUGAACAGAUUACAAAGCAAAUAUGGUUCCCUGUACAGAAGGGACAACGUUAUCCUGAGUGGCACCCAUACACACUCAGGUCCAGCUGGCUAUUUCCAAUACACUGUAUUUGUCAUCGCCAGUGAGGGAUUUAGCAAUCGUACUUUUGAGUACAUGGUCAAUGGCAUUGUGAAGAGCAUUGAGAUAGCGCACGAAAAUUUGAAACCAGGCAAAAUCUUUAUCAACAGAGGAAUAGUGGAUGGUGCACAGAUCAAUCGAAGCCCUUAUUCUUAUCUUCAGAAUCCACAGUCAGAGAGAGCAAGGUAUUCUUCAAAUACAGACAAAGAAAUGGUAGUCUUGAAAAUGGUGGAUUUGAAUGGCGAUGACUUGGGCCUUAUCAGCUGGUUCGCCAUCCAUCCUGUCAGCAUGAACAACAGCAACCAUCUUGUAAAUAGUGACAAUGUGGGCUAUGCAGCUUACCUUUUUGAGCAAGAAAAGAACACAGGAUAUCUUCCUGGAGAGGGACCAUAUGUAGCAGCAUUUGCUUCAUCGAACCUAGGAGAUGUGUCCCCCAAUAUUCUUGGCCCCCGUUGCAUCAACACGGGAGAAUCUUGUGAUAAUGCCAAUAGUUCUUGUCCCAUUGGUGGGUCUAAUAUGUGCAUGGCAGCAGGACCUGGAGAGGACAUGCUUGACAGCACACAGAUUAUAGGACGCAUCAUAUACCAGAGAGCAAAGGAGCUGUAUGCCUCUGCGUCUCAGGAGCUGACAGGAGCUCUGGGGUCAGCUCACCAGUGGGUCAAUAUGACAGAUGUGACCGUCUGGCUCAAUUCCACACAUGCAGUAAAAACAUGUAAACCAGCACUGGGCUACAGUUUUGCAGCUGGCACUAUUGAUGGAGUUGGAGGUCUCAAUUUUACACAGGGAAUGACAGAAGGGGAUCCCUUUUGGGACACCAUUCGAGAUGAGCUCCUAGGCAAGCCAUCUGAAGAACUCACAGAUUGUCAUAAACCAAAGCCAAUCCUCCUUCCUACCGGAGAGCUAUCUCGACCUCACCCGUGGCAUCCAGAGAUUGUUGAUGUUCAGAUUAUAACUGUUGGGUCCUUGGCUGUCACUGCUAUCCCUGGGGAGUUUACAACCAUGUCUGGACGAAGACUUCGAGAAGCAGUUCAAGCAGAAUUUGCAACUUAUGGGAUGAGGAAUAUGACUGUUGCUGUUUCAGGUCUAUGCAAUGUUUAUACACAUUAUAUUACCACAUAUGAAGAAUACCAGGCUCAACGAUAUGAGGCAGCGUCUACAAUUUAUGGACCACAUAGUCUUUCUGCUUACAUCCAGCUGUUCAGAGGCCUUGCUAAGGCCAUUGCUACGGACACGGUAGCCAAUCUGAGCAAAGGCCCAGAGCCUCCAUUUUUCAAUCAGUUGAUACUCCCAUUAAUUCCUAAUAUUGCAGACAGAACACCAUUAGGCAGAAACUUUGGGGAUGUCCUGGAGCCUGUGAAAGCUGAAUACCGAGUGGGAGAAGUGGUUGAAGUUGUUUUUGUAGGUGCUAACCCAAAGAAUUCAGCAGAAAACCAGACUCAUCCGACUUUCCUCACUGUGGAGAAGUAUGAGGACGAUUCAGCCACGUGGCGGGUGGUGCAUAAUGAUGCUUCGUGGGAAACUCGUUUUUAUUGGCACAAGGGAUUACUGGGCCUGAGCAAUGUGACAAUAGAAUGGCAUAUUCCAGACACUGCGCAGCCUGGAAUCUACAGAAUAAAAUACUUUGGAAACAAUCGGAAGCAGGAACUUCUGCAGCCCGCGGUUAUACUUUCCUUUGAAGGAACUUCAUCUGCUUUUGAAGUUGUAACUACAUAUUGGAAAGUUGACACAUCAUUUAAAGGGUAGCUUUAAUCUGUAUGUGCUGUAUAACUGAUUCCAUGUGAACAUGAACCACUGGGUUCUAUAAUUGUUCCUGUUUAGGGACAGAUAAAUAUUGCUAAUGGGACAGGAUGGGGGUUUAUGUGAAGGGGGG